AUGAGCGGCGAAAUAUGUAGAUACGAAAGCGGUGUCGAUUAUGAGUGGUACGAAAUGGAUUUCUUCACCCGAUGGACUUCAAAGGGUACCAAUCAGAUUCUGUGUAUCGACACGCCCGGAGAAUUGAAGGAACGCCUGUUCGAAUCUCUGGCAUCCUCAGGCACUCUUGAGUUUCGGGAUCCUUUUGCACUGCUGCAACUGCUUUUAGAGGAGAUCCUCAAGAUCUGUGACCAGUAUACCUGGAGAAUGUCCAAGACGAUCCGCAAACAUGAGAGGAGCCGCUCAGCGGUUCUGUUUGAGGAACUAAAUACUAUUCGUAGACAUGCGCAAGAUCUCGAAGAAGUAGCGGCAGUCAGUGUCGAGACCCUGGAACGCCUGGCCACGAGGCAAGAAGUCAACUUUCAGGAGCUUAAAUUGGAGGAAAACUACCGAGCACAAGCGAUAGACUACCUGCAGUUUCAGGUGCAGAUGAUGAAGAACCUCAGGCGACGGGCCCAGGCUAACUGCCAAAGAAUGGAUGCAGAGAUGAAUUUGGGGUACAACUUGAUUGCAGUCAUGGACAGUCAGAUCAUGAGAUCCGUCACGCUCAUGACGAUGAUGUUCUUGCCCGCUACCUUCAUAACUGUAAGCAAACUCAACGCCUAG